GAACUGAUCAAUCGCUAUGACCCCGUAUAUGUCGAGCACUACAACAAGUACAACGCUGGACGUCUGCAUACCCACGAGGUUCCAAUCGACGAGCUUCGCCAGAACCCGGCCCGUUAUCUCAUUUCUUACGGCCGUGCUCGUGGUACCGAUAUCUAUCGCAUAACUGAACAAAAAUGCCCCGUCAAGGGGGGCGAGAUCACUAUUCGUAUAUUUGAACCAGCUCCUAAGCAAAGUAUACACGGUGAACAACAGAAAAGGGCAGCCUAUAUCAACUUCCACGGCGGCGGAUGGGUAUUUGGAAGCCUAGCUACUGAUCAUGAUUUCUGCAAGACCCUUGUUGAUGGUCUUGACGGAAACCUUGUUGCAUUUGAUGUGGAUUACCGACUAGCUCCCGAGUAUCCAUUUCCAAUUCCGGUAGAUGAUUGCUGGGUGGCUUUCAAUUGGAUCCGAACCAAAAUGGCGACCAAGCUUAACCUCGACCCGACCCGACUAUCUGUAGGUGGUGCAUCUGCAGGUGGCCAUCUUGCAGCUGUCAUCGCGCAUCUUUGUCGCGAUGAGGGGAUCCCUUUGGGAUUGCAAGUUUUAACUGUCCCCGUGUGCGACCUGCAUAGUGUUUUUACUCCAGAUGGAAAAUUUGACCGUGAAAACUGCCCAUACGAAUCCUACCGAGAGAUGGAGUUUGCUCCAGCACUCCCUGCGGCCCGCAUGGCAUACUUUCACCGACACUUCCUCGGUGUUCCUCGACCUCCACCAUCUAAAGAUGAUUGGAAAAUAUCUCCCAUGCUCGCUCCAGAUUUUGAAGGGCUAGCUCCGGCCCUAAUCACAACAGCUGAGCUUGAUCCUUUGCGUGAUGAGGGUGAAGUAUAUGCAGCUAAGCUCGAAGCAGCAAAGGUUCGCGUAGAACUCAAGCGAUAUAUAGGGGCACCUCAUGUGCUAUGCGCCUUGGAUGGUAUUCUUGAAGGAGGGCGACAGUACAAUGCAGCUGUGAUCGCAGCACUGCAACGGGAGCUGGCGUGA